CGAGCGAGCGAGCGAGAGAAAGAGAAGAAGAAAAGGAAACGACAGAACAGAACACAUCGUGCCAGAAUGAGCGUCGACGCGUACGGACCUAGCAGUCAGACUCUCACGUUCCUCGACACCGAGGAGACUGAUCUGAUCGGCGCGGACACGCAGGGCAGCGAAUUCGACUUCACCGACUUUACGCUACCGUCGCCGAGUCAGACCCAGGCCUCACAACACGACGCGACCCAAACGCAAUCCAGUCAACCUGUUCAGAUUAAUGGAACAAAUGGCAGUACGUCAUUAGAUUUAAAGAUCACUGGAGCCGCUCAGAGUCUUGCAGAAUUACAAUUUGAAGAGGAAGAAGAAGAAGCAUAUUAUAAUCGUGAUUUACCCGAACAUGCAUGUAAAUAUUGUGGUAUUCAUGAAGCAUCCUGCGUGGUUAUGUGCAAUGUGUGCCGGAAGUGGUUUUGUAAUGGACGUGGCAAUACAUCGGGAUCGCACAUUAUCAAUCAUCUCGUUCGUGCUAAACACAAGGAAGUUACUUUACACAGAGAUGGCCCUCUUGGAGAAACUGUUUUGGAAUGUUACUCUUGUGCCACGAGAAAUGUUUUUGUAUUGGGUUUUAUUCCCGCUAAGGCUGAUUCCGUAGUCGUACUACUUUGCCGACAACCAUGUGCAGCACAGAGUUCUUUGAAAGAUAUGAAUUGGGAUCAAGAGCAAUGGAAACCUUUGAUAGAAGAUCGCAGCUUUUUAUCUUGGUUAGUGAAGUUUCCAUCCGAACAAGAACAAUUGAGAGCUAGACAGAUCUCUGCUCAACAAAUCAAUAAAUUAGAGGAGUUAUGGCGGGAUAAUGUUGACGCUACUUUCCAAGAUUUAGAAAAACCCGGAGUAGACGAGGAACCGCAACAGGUUCUAUUACGUUACGAGGAUGGAUAUCAAUAUCAAAAUAUUUUUGGUCCACUUGUAAAAUUGGAAGCUGAUUACGAUAAACGCCUGAAGGAAUCUCAAACUCAAGAAAAUAUCGAAGUGCGAUGGGACGUUGGAUUGAAUAAGAAAACCAUUGCGUACUUCAUGCUGGCCAAAACGGACGGAGAUAUGAAAUUGAUGCACGGAGAUGAAUUGAGGCUUCGUUACCUGGGGGAACUUCAUAAACCUUGGUCUGGAAUUGGACACGUGAUUAAGAUCCCAGAUAAUUAUGGAGAGGAAGUUGGAAUUGAGUUGAAAAACAAUUGUGGAGCGCCGACGGAAUGCAUUAGCAAUUUUGUCGUUGACUUUAUUUGGAAGAGCACGAGUUUUGAUCGUAUGCAAUCGGCGUUACGCAAGUUUGCUGUGGAUGAUACAUCUGUGUCAGCUUACAUAUAUCACAGAUUAUUGGGUCAUGAAGUAGAAGAGGUUCUGUUUCGUUGUCAUCUCCCUAAACAUUUUAGUGCACCGAAUCUACCUGACUUGAAUAGAUCGCAAGUGUAUGCUGUGAAACAUGCGAUACAACGACCUCUAUCCUUGAUCCAAGGACCACCUGGUACGGGUAAAACCGUAACGAGCGCCACAAUAGUUUAUCAGUUAGUAAAACAAAGCGGCGGUCCGGUUCUCGUAUGUGCUCCGUCAAAUACAGCUGUCGAUCAAUUGACGGAAAAGAUACACAAGUCAAAUUUGAAAGUUGUACGAUUGUGUGCCAAAUCGCGAGAGGCCAUCGAUUCACCAGUGAGUUUCCUCGCGCUGCAUAAUCAGAUAAAGAAUAUGGAAACGAAUACCGAGUUGCAGAAAUUGCAACAACUGAAAGAUGAGACAGGCGAGUUGUCGAGCGUCGACGAGAAGCGCUAUAGGCUGUUAAAGAAAGCGGCAGAAAAGGAACUUCUGGAAGCAGCCGAUGUAAUUUGUUGCACUUGCGUUGGCGCUGGCGAUCCGAGAUUGCAUAGAUUGAAAUUCCAUUCUAUACUUAUUGACGAGAGUAUGCAAGCUACUGAACCAGAAUGCAUGGUACCAGUUGUUCUAGGAGCGAAACAAUUGAUCCUCGUUGGAGAUCACUGCCAAUUGGGUCCAGUAGUGAUGUGCAAGAAAGCUGCCCGAGCUGGUCUGUCCCAAUCUUUAUUCGAAAGGCUGGUUGUAUUGGGCAUUAGACCAUUCCGUUUGGAAGUACAAUAUCGCAUGCAUCCUGAUCUGUCACGGUUUCCGUCUAAUUUCUUUUACGAAGGUUCUUUGCAGAAUGGCGUUUGCGCUGAUGAAAGAAAAUUAUUGAAAAUAGAUUUUCCCUGGCCUGCACCAGAUAAACCGAUGUUUUUCUACGUUACUCAAGGUCAAGAGGAGAUAGCUGGAAGUGGGACAUCUUACUUGAAUCGUACUGAAGCGUCUAAUGUGGAAAAAAUAACAACGCGAUUCCUACGCUGCGGCGUGAAACCGGAGCAGAUCGGAGUGAUAACCCCGUACGAAGGUCAGCGAGCCUAUCUUGUGCAGUAUAUGCAAUAUCAAGGUUCUUUGCACUCGAAAUUGUAUCAAGAGAUUGAGGUGGCGAGCGUGGACGCUUUCCAGGGACGGGAAAAAGAUAUAAUAAUAAUGUCUUGCGUACGAUCUAACGAACAUCAGGGAAUUGGAUUCUUAAAUGACCCGAGAAGAUUGAAUGUGGCCUUGACUCGCGCAAAAUAUGGCAUUAUUAUCGUAGGAAAUCCAAAAGUACUUUCGAAGCAGCCACUCUGGAAUCAUCUGCUCAGCUUUUACAAAGAGCAAAAAGUACUGGUUGAAGGACCAUUGAACAAUUUGAAGGAAUCCAUGAUUCAAUUUGCUAAGCCAAAGAAGCUCGUGAACGCAGCCAAUCCAGGCUCGCACUUCAUGUCCACGUCGAUGUAUGAUGCGCGCGAAGCACUGAUCCCCGGAUCGGUGUACGAUCGUUCCGGUGCGCAGGUGAAUGGCACACAGAACCACAAUCCGUAUUACCAAAGAAACGUGCCGCUCGACAUUUUUAGCCGUACUCACGAUACCAUCAGUUACAUUAGUCCGGAACGAGCGCAGGCGGCGAUGAAUAACAUGCCUGUACCGGUAGGUAUGUUCAUGAACAUGGCACACGUGCCGCCGCGUUUCUAUAAUCAGCAUCAGCAAGCGUUACAAGCACGUCAAAAUCAAAGAAAUAGACGCGGUGCCGCUGCCUCGGCGAGGAACAAAUCGGGCCCGCGUAUGGGAAAGCUGAGUCAAACCGAGCAAAACACGCAGCCAUACAGUCAACCGGGUUUGCCUUUGACACAGGGUACGACGCAAGGCAUGUCCCAGCCUGGUUUCAGCCUUUCGCAGCCUGGCUUGAGUCAGGCGGAACUCUCUCAGGAUUCGUUUGCGGUCGGCGAAUUCCAAUCACAGAUGGACGGCCUGUUAUCGCAGGAUUCGACCUAUCAGGGCGACCGAAGUGGCUUCUAUCAAUCGGGCCAGUCGCAAGCCGGAGGACAGUUCUCGCAGCCUUACUGAGCCGAGACCUACCUACGGCUGAGCAACGCAAUUGCCAUGCCAUGAAGGCUCGUUCGACCAAUUCUUCUUCGACCAACAAUCACAAAUCACUAACUGCGCAAAACGGUACGAUGGCUCGACGAUCGAGUACGAUAUUAUGCGGCAUACGCUCAUGUCGUCGGCAUGAGACAAAGGGGAGUGAAAGGAGAACGAAGGUUCUGUAAGCUAAUUCGCCGUUGGAGGAUUCCAUCGUGGACGCGGAAACACACGAGGCUCCAUGUAUCUAUUGAUUGUAACAAAUGCGACUAGAGCACAAGACAUCACGCCGGCUGGAAGAUGACAAAUGACUACUGUUAAUCGUGACACGCGCUUACCGUGAACGGAUCGUUAUCGUGAAGAUUGAAUGACGCUAAAAUGAAAAAAAAAAAAAAGAAAAGACGGGAAAAAGACGGGAGACUCGAAAUGGGUGGGUAUCACUUCAUGACUCAAUUGAAUUUGACGAAAGUGUUGAUGUAGCGUCACGAAUCGAACGAAUUUACUGCGAGGGAAUUUAUGAAAGAUCUUUCUGGUAAUCCAUAGAAGAUCGAAUCGCAAUAGCACCAAAACGUAUUUCCCUCACUGAUCCGAUAUUCAAAUCGAACGGAAAGCACAGAGAAAGUUAAGACUACAUCGCACCCGAACUUCUGUGUACCCAUAGUCAUUUCGAGCUGAAGAAAGGGUACAUUACUGUACGUGUUAGUUGCUCGGAAUGCGCGGGUGCACGUCACACACAUCGAGAGUCGAUAUCAGUUUCUCCGGUGAAAUUUUGUCGAAGAAUGUCGCCACAAUGUUGCAUUGUCGUCAGAAGUAUGAAGCCAAUGUUUCAAUAUUAUCACGGAGAUGGGACAUCCUUUCUCAGAGGACCAGCGAUUUCGCCGGUCAUGAGAAAUUCAUCGGUGGUUUUGAUCAUUGAUUAGGGUUUUUUUCCUUUAUUUUAUAUCUAUUGCUUAUUUACCGCAGGGGUCAACGGAGCGCACGAUUGGAAGGGUUGCUUUCUUUCGGUAGAUCCUUAGCGGAUAUGCUAGCGGUCAACAUGACCGAGAAAACAGUAUAGACGUACAGCUUACCAAAAUAUAUUCGUUCUUUCUUUCGUGUAUCAUGUUACAUUAUCGUUCUUUAACCUUUUCGCGGCGAAUGAUAAUGUACGACGGUAAAACGCUACUCUGCCUUAAGAGUAUCGCUUCCGACACUUAUAUAAAAUUAAAAUGUACAAUUUCAUCGCCUCGGAAAUGUUAUUAUGGAUUGUAUAAACAAUCACGAACCGACGAGUAAGGAAUUACUGAAAUAAUUUAUUUAGGGGAUUGAUGAGCCAUUGAAUAGCCUCUGUUUACAGAGGGAAAAGAUUUUCAGCGAGCGAAGGGGUUAACACGAGAACGAUAAUUAUAAAUUUAAGGGAGGAUCUUGAUUUGUGUUUUUUGGCUAUGGCAUGUGCCAUACUGCAAAAAUUCUAUAUGAUUACAAUUAUUGUGUGUUUCAGACAUUACCAUUAUCCGUAAUGGUACAAGUAACUCAUCAUCGUUCGAAAUAUUUUAUUUGUAUGGACCGGAAUGUCGUUCUAUACAUCUGUAUUCGGAUCGCUUUUCUGUUGCUUCCGAAAUCCCUGCCUCCAAUUCUAUAGUCUGUCUGUACUGGCUUCUGGCGGUAUUAUCAAUUCAUUAUAUUGCAAUAGAUUAAGUAAUAAUUAACGUAACUUGCAUUAUACGACACUAAAUUGUUUUAUUUCUUUCGUCCAAUCAACAGCACACCGCUAAUAUAAGCAGAUUAUAAUAUUGAAAUUUAUUGUAAAAUCUUAUGGAAAAUAAAUUUGGUU